AUGACAAAGGCACCAAACUCGCCAGCUUGCAAAUUCAGGCAUCUCCUGCCGGGCCAGCACGUCUUCGAGGGUGUGCUUUUCUUCGGCUAUUCUCCACCGGAGGUCUUGGACGCCGUCAAAUUCUUCGAUGUUCGCUACGACGAUGUCUUCAUUGCCACCUAUCCUAAGGCUGGAACAACAUGGAUGCAGGAAAUCACAUGGCUGCUGAUGAACGACGGGAAUUUCGAAACCGCCAUGAAAACUCCUGUGUACAUGAGGUCACCGUUCCUGGAGUUCAAGGACACCAGGUUGGAAGAGAAUGGUUUGGAGAUAGCCAGCGCCGCUCCAUCGCCGAGGGUUAUAAAGACUCACUUACCUCUGAAGCUGAUGCCCCAUCAGAUACACGACAAGAAAUCAAAGAUUAUCCUAUUCUUCAGAAAUCCUAAAGAUGUUUGUGUCUCCUACUACAACUUCUACAAAAGCAGUUCAUCGUUCGGGACCUUCCAUGGCGACUGGCCAGAAUUUCUGGAGAUGUUUAGGGAAGGACACGUGGACCAUGGAUCGUGGUUUGACUUUACCAAGAGCUGGUGGCCACUGAGAAAACAGCCCAACGUCAAGCUUAUGUAUUUCGAGGACAUGAAACAGAAUCCGUUUGCAGAGAUUAAGAUGCUGGCUGAGUUCUUGGGAAAGGACCACAUAGAUGAUGGCGUACUGUCCACUAUAGCGGCCCAUUGUAGCUUUGAGAGGAUGAAAGACAACCCGAUGACAAACCAUCUUGAUGUGUAUUCUAUUGACAGUUCUGUGUCCCCUCUUUUACGCAAAGGUUUGGUUGGAGAUUGGAAAAAUCAGUUCACUGUCAAGCAGAACGAGGAUUUCGAUAAGUUAUACUUUGACAAACUCGGACAGUUGAAUAUUCCUUUUAAGUAUACAUUAGAUUACUAA